ACUUUCCAGUCUGGUCAAUGAAUAGAUAGAAACCAGAUCAAUUGAAAUUAACAAGUAAAUUUUUUUAUUUGAAGUGCGUUAAUAGUUGUAGACUUAUGAAUAAUGAUAUCAAAAUUGAAUAGAAACCAAACAUAUUCAAACAAGAUUUUGUGUAAACUAUCAACUGAUAAACAUUUAAAUGGCAGAUCAACCCGUGCUGACAAGACGUUUGAUGUAACAGUUGGUCAUAUUGAAGACAUUAUCAUGGAGGAUACAUUUCAAGCGCUACAGAAUGAAUUCAUGGAAGAACAUUAUCACCACUUUGAGGACGUAGAGGAGAAUAAGCUUGUGUAUACAGAUAUAUUUACUAAAUAUACUAACUUGAUUGAAAAGCAUUUGGAAGAAUGUCUACAAAAGAGAAUGCCAGACUUUUCUAUGGAUCAAUUUAUGUCAUCUAUUCAACAACGAAAGGAUCAAAUUGGAGGUGAUAUAUUUGAUAUGUUGCUAAGUUUCACUGGUUUCCUCACUUUCAAACAAAUGUUCUUAGAUUAUAAGGUGGACAAAGAAGGAAAAAGCGUUGACUUAGGUGGACUUGUUAUCACAUCUUUGUCAAAUGAACAUUUAUAA